AUGUAUGUCCCUUUACAUUUUUUCGUUUUUAUCCUUGGAAAAUUUAAUAAUAAUUCGAGAGGAAAGGUUUCUCCCUCUAAUGGAAAUGCAGAUGAAGCAAGGUCAUCUAAUGUGGCUUUAUGUGAACUUGGAGCAUUAACCAGUGAUUCUGAUGAUGCCGAAUCAGCUCAUGGGGAUUCAAAUGAGGAUUAUGUGGAUUAUACACAAGAAGUGAUUCCUGAAAUUCCAACAAACAUUCUUGCUUUGCUUCAAAUAGCUGAAAAUAUAGAAUUCCUAAAUGAUGUUAAGUGCUCUGGUAUUCCCAAACACAUAAUUGUUUUGAAAGCUGGUGUUCCUAUCAUGCUGAUUCAGAACAUUGAUCAGUCUGCUGGAAUGUGUAAUGGAACUAGAUUGAUAGUGACUGCUUUGACACCUUAUAUCAUUGUUGCAACAACUCUUUUCGGUUCUAAAACAGGUAAACCGGUUUAUAUUCCUAGACUUAGCUUAACUCCUUUUGACACUGACCUUCCUUUCAAAUUCUCAAGGAGACAGUUCCCUAUUACUGUUUGUUUUGCUAUGACUAUAAAUAAGAGCCAAUGCCAAUAG